UGAGAGGCGCGCGGUGACAGCAGCAGUGCACCGCCUGGGAGAGCGCGGCGGAGCUGGAAGCAGCCAGGAGCGAAAAUGUGAAGGUGGAAUCCGACUGAGCAGCAUUGUGUUGUCACUGGCGUCUGUUUCUCUGGAAUUAAAAAAACAAAAAACAAAAAAAAAAACAACAACCCUACACAACCGACAUUCCCACACAGCAAGAACAGGAGCUUUAUUUGGAUUUGACCACUGGAAAUAUCCUCGUUUUGUUUUUUUGUUUUUUUUUCUUUUCUUCUACAUUUGUGUCCCUCUCUCUCUGGCUCUGUCCUCCUUCUCAGAAAUUGACUGGAGGCAGAGUGAAGAGCAUCAUUUACGUUCACUGGUCAUUUAUAAUUGCUCCAUUAGGAAGGAGUACACUGCUCUGCUCUGAAGAUUUCCUCUCGCUUUAUGGGAUUAUUCUCGACGAAGACGCUUUGUUUCAGAUAAGAACACAUUGGGCAUCAUGAGUUCCAGUGCAGCUUAUCACCAAGGCUCUGGGGGCAGUGAACGAAGUUCUGGACCAAUCCGGUGCCAGCGAUGUCGGGAAGCAUGCAAAGGAGAGGUGGUACGAGUACAAGACACCCAUUUUCACGUCAAGUGUUUCACCUGCACCGUAUGUAACUGUGAUCUGGCGCGAUCUGGCUUCUUCCAGAAGAAGGGCGAGUACAUCUGCACGGCAGACUAUCAGCGUCUGUACGGCACACGCUGCGACCGCUGUGACAGCUUCAUCACAGGAGAGGUGGUCUCUGCUCUGGGACGCACGUACCACCCCAAGUGCUUUGUCUGCAGUGUCUGCAGUAAACCUUUCCCCAUUGGAGACAGAGUGACGUUCAGUGGAAAGGACUGCGUGUGCCAGCAGUGCUCGCACACACUCGUCAAGCCAAAUGAACCGAUCAAGAUCCACGGGCCCAGCCAUUGUGCUGGAUGUGGAGAUGAGAUCAAGCAGGGUCAGUCUCUCCUGGCGUUGGAGAAACAGUGGCACGUCAGCUGCUUCAGAUGUCGGACCUGCAACAUGGUCCUCACCGGAGAGUACAUCAGCAAGGAUGGAGUGCCAUACUGUGAGGCAGAUUACCACGCCCAGUAUGGGGUGAAAUGUGAGACCUGCAGCAGAUACAUCAGUGGAAGGGUUCUGGAGGCGGGAGGGAAACACUACCACCCGACCUGCGCUCGAUGCUCCCGCUGUAACAUGAUGUUCAAAGAGGGAGAGGAAAUGUAUCUGACAGGAUGUGAGGUGUGGCACCCAUUAUGCAAGCAGGCAGCGAGGGCAGAGAGGAGACUCAGGCACAGACGCCUGUCAGAGGCCUCUAUCUCUCCACCAGGCUCCUCCAUAGGCUCUCCCAGUAGGGUUAUAUGUGCCAGAGUGAAGAAUGAGUUCCUAGAUUAUAAGGACCUAGCUGCCCUGCCAAAGGUCAAGGCCAUAUACGAGGUCCAACAGCCAGACCUCAUAUCCUCCUCAUACCAGCCCUACCACAGAUACACCUCUGAUGACAGGCUAGACACUUACAACUAUGGGGAGUCACUUGGGACACUCUCUCCCUAUUCUCAGGACUAUGACAGCCUGGAUAUGAAGCAGAGGCGGUGCUCCAGUCCAGGUUAUAUUGACUCGCCGACUUAUAGUCGUCAAGGCAUGUCACCCAUCAUGCCUCGCUCUCCGCAGCACUAUGGCUACCCUGGCUCUGAGAGUGGCAGGAGUUCACCUUAUUACGGCCAAGAGGGGCGGUCAAGCACACCCACCACAGUCCAGCCCCCUAAACAUUUUCAUGUACCAGCCACAGGGGACCCCAACAUCUACAGGAAGCCUCCCAUCUAUACGAGAGCGGGCAAUCAUGUGGACGCAGCCACCAAAAGCAGGACCAGCGAGGACAUUCUCAGAUCCUCCAGACUGUCCACCUACUCUCCUGAGCCAUACACACAGUCAGAGUCUGACUACUACCCAUACACCAGCUCCCCCAAGGCCUAUCGGAUGCCGAGAAGGCGCUUCUCGACAGGAGGAGAUGAAGAGAGUUGGAGUCACAGUCUUCAAAGAAUUGGGAGUGGCAUCGGGAGGAUGAUCCUAAAAGAAGAGAUGAAAGCCAGAUCUGGUUCCUAUGACAACGACCCCUGGGGCAGUGCGAGGAAUUCUCGUAGUGGGAGCAAGGAAACACUCAACACUACAGGCUAUGGCACCACGGCGUACAACAACACUGUCAACGGAUCUCCCAGAUCUCAGUACAGCGCUGAUAGUGAUUUUGUUUGUAAGUCCGCCUCCCUACCAGGAUAUGGACGCAACGGAAUUCAAAGGCCUCAGAGUGCAGAUUGCUACCAGUACCAGUAUGACAGUGGCAGUGAGGUCAACUGGGGAAGCAGAGCAGAAUACAAGAUUUACCCAUAUGAAGCGCUCAUUGUCACCACCAGAGGCCGCAAUAGGCUGCCCAAAGAUGUAGACAGAGCCAGACUGGAGCGUCACCUUUCUCCGGAGGAGUUUGCCCAAGUGUUUGGCAUGACCGUGGAAGAUUUUGACCGGCUGGCUCUGUGGAAGAGAAAUGAGCUCAAGAAACAGGCCCGACUGUUUUAAUAACAUAUAGACGUCCGUUGAAUACUGCCAUAACUAGAGCAAGAGACUUGACUGGCUGUAGGAGGGGGAAGAAAGAGAUAAGAAGACUUCUACUCAGUUUCACUGCCAUGGCUGAGAACCUGUUCUAGAUCUCCUCAUAAGACAAACCAAAUUCUGGUCACACCAGUGUGGACUUGUGAGAUACAGAGGGAAGGCCACAGAGAUAUUAUGCACAGAUGGACUGAUCAACUGUUAUGUGGUUGCCAGUGCAACUAUGGCUGUGUGCUGGAGUGGUGUGUAAGCAAUAGAGACUGUAGUACAGUAGUGUUGUGAUUUUCUUAAGCCUGAAAGAUGGAGGAAGGCAUGACUGUGCCCCUAUAAGGCCACAUGUGGGGAUGUCUGUGACCAGAGCCGCAGUACUAAAACAUAAAGAGAAGAAUUUUGGCUUUGCCUUAUUUGUUAUGCUCUCUUAGUUAUGAGUGUGCAGCACCAGCAAUCUGAAUGAGUAGAAUGUAGAUACAGUAUAUCAUUUAUGACACUUUAUCAGUGUGAAUGAUUAGAUGAAAAGAAUGAGUGAGUGAGCUUACAGCAUCACUUUGCUUUGGUUUAUAAGGAUGCAUUUUGUUUACCUGUUUCCCUGUGUUUGCUCUUUCACAUGAAAUACUGUGUCCCUCUGGUUUACACUAACUGAUAUCGAAUGAGACAAGAAACAAUCUGAGGUGGACACAACUAUUUCAGUUGUAUGUGUGACCUGCAUUGAUUUGUGUGAAAAUGAAAACCAAAGUGAGAAUGUAGAUAUACAGAUUAGCAGAUCACUUCCAUGUAAUGUUCUGGUUAAAUAGUUAAAGGUCACCAAUAGAAACAGUUCACUGUAUGGUAACCUAAAAGAAUGUGCAAUCCAGUAGAUUAAAUAGAUAAAGGAAACACAAAUUCAGUCCUCCUGCUCCAUGUUUUCCAGCUCAUUGCAAUAGAAUGAUGACUAAAUGUUUUAGGAUGAGUCAUCCAUACAUUAACAUUCACUGUUAUUUAUAUUACUUUUAGAAUGAUAAUCCAAUAAUUUUGUAGCUACAGAGAUUAUAUUCACUCACAAUGAAACGCUCUGCAAGGUAUUUAACACACUGAAAAAUAUACAGGGUUGUUGAAGACUUUACUUCCUUUGAAUACUGUUAUUUUUGAUUUUGUCACUAAAAAUUAAACUUGAAACAAAUUCA